AUGGUAUUCAUGCCCCAGCUUCCAACGGAGAUCCUGGCGCAGAUCUUGCGGGAUGCAAACCUCAAUGGAGACCUUCCAAACCUCAGGUUGAGCAAUUCACGUAUUUUGGCGUUAGCAACCCGUCAAACUCAUAUAUUGCUCGACGACCUGUGCUUGAAGUAUGGAAUCAGUCCGCAAGUCCGGAAUCUGUACUUCUCCCACAGGGCAGGCAAUAAGUUCACAUCUGGUAUUCCGCAACCGGACAUUAUCGAUGUCAUGGCCUUCGGCAAUUUUUUGCGCAUGACAGGACUCCUUGCUGCAGACUUGGAUAGUGCAAUGGGGCACUACACCGAUACCACUGUGCCUGCCUGGCGGCUCUGCAAUCGAGAGCCUUUCGUGCUAUUUGCAAUUUUCAGCCAGAUGCUGAACUCAUCUUUGGUGGCUUCACAUUCAACAAUGGCAGAUUUGCUGGCCCCUUCCCCUGAUUCUGGGCAGUUAUUCUCAAAGCAGUUGUCAGAAAGAUUCGUGCAUUUCCUGAGACAGGAGCUCAUGCUGGAGGAGUUAGAGGGUAUCAUACGCGCUAUCAAUGUUUGUUCAACGCGGCUUUGGGGCACUGUCUUCUUGUUCAGGCCUAAGGAUUCCACCGUCACCAGCUUUGGUAGCGUCAGCGGAGCUUCGUUCAACAUGGAUCAUGCAAUUUUGACGGAGCAUAUUAUCUGGAAAGGCCCACUGUGGGCAUCGCAGAUUUUGAAGAAGUAUGGUCCUGCAGAUGCGCGUUUCGAACAUCAGACUGCAGGGGGAGCGGAAGUAGACGACAGUCUUGUCAAGGAGGGCAUUUGGAGCGGAUUGCGCAGUGAAGGGGCUCGGCUAGCAGCGAAUGGAGUAGCCCGACUCCUGUGGAAAGAGAGACAGCAGAAGAUUGAGGCACAGGUCAGCGCCUCUGCAGAAAGGAUAGGCAUUGCGGAUAUGAGAUUAGAUCCGUCAGUCUGGCGGGGAUCCUCAGGAGAUAUGUAA